CAUCUCUCCUCUAGGACAACGCGGAACAUAACAUCUUCGCAUCUCGAAUCGCUUGCUAAAAGGAGCUCUCUCACAUCAUGGGUUCUGUUGUCAUUCCUCAUCUUCCCUCAGCCUGGCAUGUCGACCAAGCCAUUCUUUCCGAAGACGAGAGGUUAGUCAUUAUACGCUUCGGUCGCGACUGGGAUCCCGACUGCAUGCGUCAAGAUGAGACUCUUUUCAAGAUUGCUGAGCGCGUCAAGAACUUUGCUGUCAUUUACGUCUGCGAUAUCGACCAGGUCCCGGACUUCAACCAGAUGUACGAACUCUACGACCCCGUUACCCUCAUGUUCUUCUUCCGCAACAAACACAUGAUGUGCGAUUUCGGAACUGGUAACAACAACAAGCUGAAUUGGGUCCUAGAAGAUAAGCAAGAGUUGAUUGACAUCAUCGAGACCAUUUAUAAGGGUGCGAAGAAGGGCAGAGGGUUGGUCGUCUCACCGAAAGACUAUUCCACCAGAUACAAAUACUAAGGACACCUCUGGACAUGUUCAUGGUGGAUGACGGACCGCGGAUCUGAUCGCGAGGUCCACUCCUCAAUCAUCACAUUUAACAUCAUACGACAUCGGACAGAGAUUCUUGAGAGCUAGGACUGCUCUGGACUUGAUGCACAUUAACCUCAACCUACACCUUGGGACUGGGCGUUAACAUUGGGAACGGGGAUCAUUUGAUACUCCCCUAAGUCCAGGUCGUGCCCUUCGUCGCUUUGGCGCAUUCUCUGCCCAUGACCAACAAGCACUGACAGCCUCUUUCGGCCAUUGCAGACAUGCGGAGUUUCGAAUAUUCGUCGCUUCCCGAGAGACACUUCCUCAAAGUCUUAGGGCCCGUGAUGCGGUGCGAUGCUCCUUGGGCCCUUCGCUACUAUUGUCGAAUGGUAUUGCAGCGGGCCCUGCCUGCGAGGACCCCUCUGCAGUUCGUGCGGCUUCGUGUUGCCCAAGUAUAGUUGCUUGUCGCAUUGUUCACGCCUUCACUGAUACCCGGAUGCCGUAGUGAAUCAAGUCUCAGCUCAAGAGCUGCAUUCUCAGUAGAAACAAUACCACCUCCUACAUCUGCCGUCCUCUGAUGGCCC